AUGGCAAGCACUAGCGACAUCUCCAAUGUGCGUGUCGCUCAUGUGAGUUUUUUGCCUGGCGCGUCGCAUCUGACGCUUCAAUUAUGUCUGCAUGAUGAUCGCAAGGUCUUUUUUCGUCCAAUAUCCGAAAAAUUGGACCGCGUGCGAUACCGUUUGCAGCUAUUAGCGUCUAAUGUGUCAACACAAAAGAAGAGACGUAAGAAUGGAGUGAAAGACAGCGUAGCGCCUACAGUUUCCGUCAAAUUCUAUGAUAAUUACGAUCAGGAGAUGAAUGAAAAGGUCUUGAAAGUGGGUGACGCAUUGAUGCGCGCCAAGAGGCUCGAGAUUGGAGAAGAGAUCUUUGUGGUACUGCACAACCAGCCAAUUGUCACGAGUCUCAAAGUACUGGAGCCAGUAAUGGCUGGAAUUGGAGUUUAUCCUUUACCUAAGACAGAGUUUUGCACUGCUGAGGAAUGCUCGUGGCAGUGGUUUCGUCUGGAUAAAGAAGAUGAGACGUCACAGACGUUGGUAUCGACUGAAAGGAGAUAUAUGCCGACGGAGGACGAGAUUGGGUGUAGGUUCUGUGUAAAGUGUCAAGCACCGACGAUGAAGUCAGAGUUUGCACAAGAUAGCAAUACUGAAGUAGUGACAAUGCCAGUCGAGUCUGGACCGAAUCGAGACGUGUUCAAGGAACGAAGACGGAUGGGCGCUAUUUCUGCCGCUGAAAAGUAUCCUGAUGCGGUGGAUGCGUUUCGAGUGAUGAGCUACAAUGUGCUUUAUGAUGGCUAUGCAACCACUGAACAUGCACAGAAAAACUUGUUCUCGUAUGUGGAUGCUAGCGUCAUGAAGGAGACGCGUCGGAUUCAACUUAUUCUCCAAGAGAUUGAAGAAAAUAACAGCGACAUUGUCUGUCUACAGGAAAUGGGAGAGACCGUGUAUAAGAGUUUUUUUGAACCGAUGCUGACCUUGAUCGGCUACUGCGGAUUUUAUUCGGGCAAAACGGGCACAACAAACGAAGGUUGCGCAACAUUUUUUAGGACAGCCCGCUUCAACGUGGCUGAAGAAGUGGCUGUGAACCUUGCUACGGUAGUCAAAAACUCGACGAAUCCAGCCUCACAACACCUUAUGCAGGCUUUUCCUGAAAUUGCCAAGGGCAUUAACCGGAUUCCGUCUAUUGCUCAGAUUCUCGUCUUACGUUCGAAGGUCGACCCAGCACGGGUUAUCAUUUUGUCAAAUACGCAUCUCUUCUACCGAGGAGAUGCGCAUUUGAUCCGGCUGUUGCAAGGUGCUGCGGUCGUAGAGUGUAUAAGCAAACGAAAAGCUGCACCUGGAUUCGAAAAUGCUGCUAUCGUCAUGUGUGGAGACUGGAACGCGCACCCUAGGACAGCGUUAAUUGCUUUCCUCUUAGAUGGUCAGAUUGAUUCCAGUCACAGUCACUGGCAGCAAGCUCCGUCGUUUCAGUGGAAUGUGUCCCAGGUCGACGAAAAUGACGUAAAUAAGCGCGUAGCUAACGCUGCUCAGGUCCAUUCAGAUCGGUUCGAGCAUGAUCUUCAGCUAGUAAGCGCGUGCGGUAUUCCAGCAUUUACGAAUUAUGUAAUGACCUUUGUGGACACGCUAGAUUACAUUCUGGUUGGAUCGAAGGUGCUACAAGUUCGUGACACAUUUCCACUUUUUACCGAGGAGGAAGCAACCCACGAGCUUGCGCUGCCGUCGUCUACGUUUCCGUCGGAUCACGUAUCUCUUGUUUGCGAUUUAUCGUGGUGA